AAUUAAGAAAUUGUUGAUGAGUUUUGUUUUUCAAUAUUUAAGAGCGAAGACAAUCGCGAGAGAUUGAGAAUCAAUCCUGGGUGGGUGAAUAUAAGGUGUUGAUGGCCGCGAAGGCAUUUCCGAUGGUUGGCGACGCGGCGAAUGUGAGCGGAGGCGCCACCAGUAGUAGGGAGUAUCACCUGAACGACAGCCACCACAAUAUCCUUCCUUUGCAUUCUUCUUCUUCUUCGGCUUCUCCUUCUUCUCAUCUGGCGCUGCUUUGCGAUAACGCCAAGAUGGUUAGGAAGAGGGCGGCGUCGGAGAUGGAGCUGCAGAUCGGCGGGGGAAUCAGCGAGCACGGCAGGUUUCUGCGGCGGAACGCGCCGCUUCUGGGGGAUUUGAGGGUUUGCGGGACUAAUUUUGGCGGCGGCGCCGGGGGUGAUAAUGGUGGGGGGAAUAGUUUGAGUGUGAGUGUGAGUCAUCCGAACCACGUCGUCGUCAACAACUACUCCACUAUGCAGAUAGCGCCACCGCCCACCUCCACCAAUUUGAGCGUGACGUCAACGUCCGACGCCACACACUUGGCUUACAUGGAGCAGUUACCGCCGAAUGAACCGCAGCCGCCUCUUCCGCUCUGUGUUUUCUCCGGCCUUCCUCUCUUCCCGGCUCCUUCCAGAGCUAGAAACGCCGCCGGCGCCGCGCUGCAGCCGGCGCCGCUCCCGGUGACGGCGAGCGGUAGUGCAAUUGGAGUUAACUCCUCCUCCGCCGGCGGCAUGGCGGACAACGGCACCGCGAUGGCGUGGAUCGACGGCAUCAUUAAGGAUCUAAUCCACAUCUCCACUCACGUGUCGAUCCCUCAGCUUAUCCAGAACGUGAGAGAAAUCAUCCACCCUUGUAACCCUAACCUCGCCGCCCUCCUCGAGUACCGCCUCCGCUCUCUCACCACCGCCGCCGCCGCCGAUCCUCUCGCGGCAAACGUUUACGACGAUUGGAGAAGAAAGGAAACACUGCAACCUCAGAGCCAAGACGCCAUUACUCAUCCCCUCCACCUUCCGGAUUCCAUGACUCCUCCUCCUUGGGAAAUAACACUCCCUCCCGCCGCCGCCGCCGCAAUCACCAGGCACCAGCUCCGCGACAAUAAUCCCGCCAGCCUCCCGUUUGUUCCGGUUCCGAGUUCAGAUCGUCAGGACCAACAACAACAACCCGGGAGAAUGGAUAACGAAAAGCAACCGGAAUCUCAGUCCCAGUCCCAAUCCCCUCCGGCGAGCGAGAACACCGCCGCGGCGGCGUUGAUUAGGACGGAAUCCAUUAUGAGGAGAGAAAAGGAAGAACUGGAACAGCAAAAGAAAGACGAAGAAGGCCUCCAUCUAUUAACCUUACUCCUACAAUGCGCGGAAGCCGUCGCCGCCGACAACCUAGACGAAGCAAACCGAAUGCUCCUCCAAGUCUCCGAGCUCUCAACCCCAUACGGCACCUCCGCGCAGCGAGUCGCCGCCUAUUUCUCGGAAGCCAUGUCCGCCCGCCUCGUAAACUCAUGCUUAGGAAUCUACGCGUCGGCGCCGCUCAACGCCCUCCCUCUCAGCCUAAACCAGAAAAUGGCCUCCGCCUUCCAGGUCUUCAAUGGCAUCAGCCCCUUCGUCAAAUUCUCCCACUUCACAGCCAACCAAGCCAUCCAAGAAGCCUUCGAGAGAGAAGACCGAGUGCACAUAAUCGACCUCGACAUCAUGCAAGGCCUGCAAUGGCCGGGCCUGUUUCACAUCCUCGCUUCUCGACCCGGUGGGCCCCCUUUGGUCCGCCUAACCGGCCUAGGAACCUCCAUGGAAGCCCUCGAGGCCACCGGGAAACGCUUGUCGGAUUUCGCCCAGAAACUGGGAUUGCCCUUCGAAUUCUUCCCCGUCGCCGAUAAAGUCGGCAACUUGGAUCCGCAACGCCUCAACGUCAACAAGCGGGAGGCCGUCGCCGUUCACUGGUUGCAGCAUUCUCUGUAUGACGUCACCGGCUCCGACACCAACACCCUUUGGCUCUUGCAAAGAUUGGCUCCAAAAGUGGUGACAGUAGUGGAGCAAGACCUGAGCCAUGCAGGAUCGUUUCUGGGGCGAUUUGUGGAGGCCAUACACUACUACUCGGCGCUGUUCGACUCGCUGGGGGCGUGCUACGGCGAGGAGAGCGAGGAGCGGCACGCGGUGGAGCAGCAGCUACUGUCCAGGGAGAUUCGGAACGUGCUGGCGGUGGGGGGGCCGUCGCGGAGCGGCGAGGUGAAGUUCAACAACUGGAGGGAGAAGUUUCAGCAGUCGGGGUUCCGGGGCGUGUCUUUGGCCGGAAAUGCGGCGGCUCAGGCCACGCUCCUGCUCGGAAUGUUCCACUCCGACGGGUACACCUUGGCGGAGGACAACGGCGCCCUCAAGCUUGGUUGGAAGGAUCUCUGCUUGCUUACUGCUUCUGCAUGGAGGCCACCUCCCCUUGCACAAUAAAAUUCAUAAUAAAUCACUAUUUUAACCGCUUUUAUAUUUUUUAUUUAUUUUUUAGUUUUACUUACUAUGUGUAAUAUUUUGAUCUUCUCUCUUUAUACCGUUGGAGACAUGUUUUUGACAAAAUUGCUUGCAGUAGUAAAAUUAUGUACCAAGUUAAAUUUUAGUAAAAGAAAAAAAAAACGAAUUGCCUUUUUUUUUUU